UUCUGCAAAUGCAUAUGACUAUUCGACUGAAGGUCAUCUCAUCAUGAAGACUCUACUAUUGAAUGGUUGCACUGCUCUGACUGGGUUGCCAAAUUCAAUUGGCAAUUUGAAACAUCUAAGGUACUUGGAUUUGACUUCUUCUUCUAUUGAAAGGGUACCUGAAUCAUUAUGUAAUUUGCAGGAGUUGCAUACACUAAAAUUGUCCUAUUGUCGUAAGCUUACUCAUUUACCAAGCAGUAUCACAAAGCUCAUCAACUUGCGUCGUCUCAACAUUUUAGGGACAUCUUUAAGAGAGAUGCCACCGGAAAUGUCCAACUUAAAAGCUCUGCAAACAUUAGAUGAGUUUGUUAUUGGCAAAGACAGUGGAUCUAAUAUUAAAGAAUUGGGUAAGCUUCAAAAUCUGCACGGUCAUCUCAGUAUUAGAGGACUAGAGAAUGUAAUAAAUGUUGAAGAUGUUUCACAGGCCAAUGUGAAGGAUAAGAAAUGUCUCACUAGUCUGAGAUUAAAAUGGAGCGGUUAUACUGAUGAUCCACUUAAAGCACGCGAGGUUCUUGGCAGACUCCAACCUCCUUCAAAUCUCGAGUGCCUAUCUAUUGAAAAUUAUGGAGGUUUAAGUUUCUCACCAUGGGUUGGACACCGAUUAUUUUCUUGUAUAAAAAGAGUUGAGUUGUCUAAUUGUAAAAAUUGUUAUUUGUUGCCUCCGCUGGGACAGUUAACUUCCUUGGAAGACCUCGUAAUUCGUGGAUUUGAGAUGGUGGAGAGGAUUGGCGGUGAAUUUUACAGUGAUAGUGAUGGUGGUGGUUCCUCCUCUUCUUCUUCUUCUUCUUCUGUGAUCACUAAGCCAUUCCAAUCCUUACAACGAUUAAGAUUUUCAAAUAUGGCAGAGUGGCGGGAGUGGUCAUUGGUGGAAGUGGAAGGCGGUGUUUUCCCAAAUGUUAAGUCGCUUUUUAUGCAAGAUUGUCCGAAGCUAAAAAAAGCAUGCCCUACCGAAUAAUCUUCCAUCGUUGACAUAUCUUACCAUAUGCAACAAUGAUCACCUGAUUGCACUCUCAAUGUGUCGAUAUCCGUUGCUGGGUUGGCUUAUCAUACGUGCAUCUCCCAAAACGAAGACAUUUCCGAAAGGAAGAUUGCCCUCCAAUAUCCAGAAAAUUCAUUUAACCCGAUGUAAUAAACUGGUGUCGCUUUCGGAAGAGGGAUGGCCGUCAAAUUUAAAAUCGCUUGAUAUUAUAUCUUGUAAAAAGCUAUUCGCCCACACCAACAGCAUGAAGUGGAAUCUGGGAAUGCUUACCUCUCUGAUGACCUUACGAAUCUGGUCAACAGGUGAAGUGGUGGAUACAUUUCCGGAGAAGGAAGGACAGCUUCCCACCUCUCUCACUUCUCUUUGGCUACGUGAUGUUCCAAAAUUGAAAUCCUUAAAUGGCAAGGCCUUUCGACACAUCACUUCCCUUCAAAUAUUGUGCAUUUCGGAUUGCAAACAGUUCCAGUGCUUGCCAGAGGAAGGGCUGCCCACCACUCUCACUACUCUUACUCUACGGAAUCUUCCAAACCUUGAAUCCAUAAACGGCAAGGCCAUUCAACACCUCGUUUCCCUUCAAAAAUUGGAUAUUCAUAAGUGCCA